AUGAGUAAAGCAUCGAAACGUCGGUCUGGAGGAGGCGAUGCAGCACCAAAACAGCAACUUCAAUCCGCCCCGGAACCGAUGGACGCCGCCGAUGUUGUUGAUGAGGAUGCGUUGAUGUCGGAAGACGAGGAGGGAGGAACGCGCAUCGGUGGCAUCUAUAUUCCACCACCGGUGCCACCAUACUGCUCAACCGAAUGCAAAGGGCCACGGUUAAUUAUUGAAUGCAUCUCGAACUACAACUUCAAAAGCUAUGCCGGACACGUAAUGCUCGGACCGUUUCAUCAGCGGUUUUCGGCCAUUAUCGGACCGAACGGGAGCGGUAAGAGCAAUGUGAUCGAUUCGAUGCUGUUUGUUUUCGGAUACCGAGCACAGAAGAUCCGCUCGAAGAAGCUUUCUGUUCUGCUGCACAAUUCUUCGAAGCAUCCGAACACGAACAGCUGCACGGUUGGGGUGCAUUUCAAGCAGAUUGUCGAUCGAGAGGACGGAUCGUUCGAUGAGGUGCCGAACAGCUCGUUUGUAGUUGCCAGAACGGCAUUCCGCGACAACAGUUCGUACUACACGAUCGAUAAUAAACGGGUCCAUUUUAAGGAAGUAUCCAAAUUGCUCAAACAGCACGGCAUCGAUCUGGACCACAAUCGGUUUCUCAUCCUGCAGGGUGAGGUAGAAUCGAUUGCAAUGAUGAAAUCGAAGGCCCAGACGGAGAACGAUUGUGGACUGUUGGAGUACCUGGAGGACAUAGUCGGUACGACUCGGUACAAGCAACCGUUGCUGAACAUUAACGAACGGGUCGAUUCGCUGAACGAGGAGCGCACGGAAAAGCACAAUCGCUGUAAGUUGGCCGAGCGCGAAAUGAAGGAUCUAGAGAAGCCGAUGACGGAAGCGGUAGAAUAUUUGAAGCUGGAAAAUACACUAACCCGCACCCGGAACCAGCAGAUACAGAAGUACAUCAGCGAGCAGCAGCGUAAAAUCGGUGAAUUCGCCGUUGAACGUGAUCAAGCCGCCGGAAUUCUGGCCAAACACGACGAAACGUACGAAGCGAUCAAGGCCGAGCGGGUGGAGAAGGAAAAGCUCGUAAAGGAAGAAAUUAAGCAGUACGAUGAACUGGUCAGCAAGAAGGAGGCGAAGGAAACGACCCUCAAGAACUCGCUCGAUGAAUUUGCCAAGGUGCAAGCGAACAUGCGUGCCACAAACGAACGGCGCAAGAAAACGAUGGAACAGAUCGGGAAUGAAAAGGUUCGGCUACAAGAGCUGCUUGCCGUACCGGAGAAAAAUCAAAAAGAAAUCGAAGAAUCACAGCAACGCAUUGAAUCACUCGCCAAGCAAAAAACCGAAGUGGAAACCAAACUGACCGCCAAUCUGGCCACUCUAAAGGACGAAACGAAGGUGCUGCUCGAGGAGAAGGAAAAACUUCAGACGGAACUGAUCGAUCUGAAGCGAGCAGUAGACGAAAGCAAAUCGGCCCUCUCGAUCGCAGAAUCGGAACUCAAAAUCUGCAAACACGACGAAGUAACCGAAACCCGCAAGCUCGAAUCAUUGCGCUGUGCAUACGAAGAAACCGAAAAAGAUCUCGAAGAGAAGCAGUCCCGUCUAGCGAUGCUGGAGCAAGCCGUACCAGCGACACGUACCGAGCUUGAAACGGCCAAACAACGGCUACAGACAAAUGGGGACGAGGAGAGAGAGUUAAGGCAGGAACUGCGAUCGGUGCAGAGCAAGCUGCAGGAAUCGAUGUCAGCCAUGCAAUCGAACCGUUCACAGGGAAAGGUGCUCGAUGCACUGAUGCGCCAGAAGAACGAGGGUCGCAUUCCCGGAAUUCUUGGACGGUUGGGCAAUUUGGGUGGCAUUGAUGCACGGUACGAUGUCGCGAUAUCGACGUGCUGCGGAACGCUCGAUCACAUUGUGGUGGAAACGGUCGAUACGGCCAAAACUUGUAUCGAGUUUUUGAAGCAACACGACAUUGGGCGAGCGUCGUUCAUUGCACUCGAGAAGAUUCAACAGUACGAGCGGAAUUGUCACACCAGAAUACAGACCCCCGAAAACGUACCCCGCUUGUUCGAUUUGAUACGCGUGGAAGACCAACGUGUGCUGCCAGCGUUCUACUUUGCCCUACGCGAUACGUUGGUAGCGGACAAUCUCGAUCAGGGUCAACGGAUUGCGUACGGCAGGCAGCGGUUCCGUGUGGUUACGCUCGCUGGUGACGUGAUCGAAACGUCCGGCACCAUGUCCGGUGGUGGGCGAUCACAGCAGCGUGGCCGCAUGGGCACUUCGGUGCAGACGAAAACAUCGGCCAGCGAACCGGCCGGCGCAUCUGCCCGCGAAAUCGAGCAAAUGCAGAUCCGAGCGCAAGAAAUCCAGUCCCAAAUUAACUACCUGCAGGAACAGCAGGGUGAGCUGGAAUCAAACAUCCAAAAGCUAACGGCCAAGCUCAAGCAGCAAGAGAUGGAACUGAAGCGUAUGCGUAUGGAUGUGGCCAGCUUGACGCAGCAGAUGCCUCGUCUAAAGGAGCAACUCGAUUCGCAAGCCGAGCGUGUCGCUCGGACUCAUUCCGAUCCGGAAAAGGUGCGCGCGCUCGAGGCAAAGGUAGCGGAGUGUAAGAAAGUGCAUGAAAGUUCCACCGGUAAGGCGGACAAGCUGCAGGCGGAGGUCGAUCGGUACACCGCACAGAUCAAUGAAAUCACCAACAGUAAGGUGAAGGUGCUGCAGACGAAAAUCGGCACACUGUCCAAGCAGAUCGACAAACUGUCGGCCAACAUCUCGAAGCUAACGGUGGACAUUAAAACGUCCGAGCGGAAUGUGAAAAAAACGCAAGAUAAAAUUAAAAGCAUGGAAGCGGAGGUUGAGGCAGCCCAGCACGCGAUCCGGAAGGGUAACGAUGAGCGGACGCAGCUCGAGUUAGAGGCUACCGAGCUGCGGGAGGAGCUGGAGAAUCUGAAUGAAGCGAUCGAAAAGGCACACGACGGCUCGUCCAGCAUUAAGAAGGAGAUUGGUGCAUUGCAGAAGCGGGAAGCGGAGGGCAAAAUGAAGCGGCUCGAGUUUGAGCAGAUAUUGCAAACGAUCGAGACGAAACUGCAGGAAACCAAGGACACGUUGCCGCACUGGAAGGAUAAGCUAAAACCUCUCAAACUGCACGAAAUCCCGGGCUCACCUGCACCAGAACCGCUGAAGGAGUACACCGAGGAAGAGCUGGCCGGCUACAAACUCCCCGACCUCCAGUACCAGAUCUCCAUCCUGGAGGAAAAGCUCAACACCAACAAACCCAACCUUUCGGUGAUCGAUGAGUUCCUGAAGAAGCAGGAAGUCUACCUGCAGCGUGUGGCCGUCCUGGAAGAGAUCACCGCCAAACGCAAUGAGAUGCGCCAACUGUACGACGAUGUGCGCAAGAAACGUUUUACCGAGUUUAUGCGAGGAUUUCACAUCAUCACGAAGAAGCUGAAGGAAAUGUACCAGAUGAUAACGCUCGGUGGUGAUGCCGAACUGGAGCUGGUCGACUCGAUGGAUCCCUUCAACGAGGGCAUUGUGUUCAGUGUGCGUCCACCGAAAAAAUCUUGGAAGAUGAUUUCAAAUCUUUCGGGCGGUGAAAAGACACUUUCGUCGCUGGCGCUGGUAUUUGCACUGCAUUAUUACAAACCCUCGCCACUGUACGUGAUGGACGAGAUUGAUGCUGCGCUAGACUUUAAGAACGUGUCGAUUGUAGCGCACUACAUCAAGGAACGGACAAAGAAUGCCCAGUUCAUUAUCAUUUCGUUGCGCUCCAAUAUGUUCGAACUCUCUGACUAUCUGGUCGGUAUCUACAAAGUGAGCGACUGUACCAACUCCGUCACGAUCGAGAACGAUCCGCAACACACCGGUUCGCACAUGGCAGCUUCACAGCAGCAGCAGCAGCAGCAAACCCAAACACAGCAAUUUGGCUUUGGCCAUCAUGAGGACACAGCUCUGCAGGACAAAACAAAGCUGGACACAUUGGCAGAGGAUAAAAAUGAAACAGUCGUAUCAUCGUCGGCAACAUCACCACCGCAAGCGGACAAAGACAUUGCGAACGAGUCCCGCGCGGGGGAGCCGCAGUUGAUGGAAACGAGUGAAGAAGUAGAAUCCAGCAUGGUCGGGCAAACCGAAACACAACCGAUGGAAGUCGAAGAAGAAAAGGAAGCGGAAGGAGAAAAGGGAGAUGAAGAAGAAAGUGGAUAA